AUGGAAAGCCUAAGUUUCUAUAUUGGAGUAGUAGGCAACAUCAUUUCUGUUCUGGUCUUCCUUUCUCCCAUAGGGACUUUUGUAAGAAUAGUAAAGAACAGAUCUACAGAGGAGUUUGAAAGCAUUCCUUAUAUCUGCACUUUGCUCAGCUCUGGUCUUUGGACUUACUAUGGAAUCAUCAGACCUGGUAGUUAUCUUGUUGCCACUGUCAAUGGUUUUGGUGUUCUUGUGGAAGCCAUUUAUGUUGUCUUAUUCCUUAUAUUUGCACCUGCAAAGAUGAAGGCGAAGACGGCAAUUCUUCUUGUGGUAUUGGAUGGGGGAUUUCUGGCAGCAAAGGUUCUGGGUACUCGAUUGGCACUGGAAGGAGAUACGAGGAUUGAUGUACUAGGAUUUGUAUGUGCAGGUCUAAAUAUAAUCAUGUAUGGAUCACCUCUGAUAGCCAUGAAAACAGUGGUGACGAUGAAGAGUGUGGAGUAUAUGCCUUUCUUUCUAUCAUUCUUCCUAUUCUUGAAUGGAGGGAUUUGGGCCUUCUAUGCACUUCUUGUUGGAGACUAUUUUCUUGGAGUAAAUUACAGAUGGGUUCGCUGUUGGAACCAAGAUCCAUGUCUUUGAUGCCGUUUCUAUGUUUAAUCUUGCUCUGCUUGAUGUCUUUCCC